GCAGCUUCUCCAGUGUCACCCAGGGUGCAGCCACACCAGGCUCUGCUGAAGUACUUUUCCUCCAAAUGUACCUUCUCAACUCUUCUUAAAUACUAAAGUGCCUGAGAACACGUUCAUUAUAGAUUACCAGGUACAUGGUGGAAAAUUCUAUUUUCAAAGGACUACUCUUUUCUAACAAGUCCUAGGCUGGCCUCGUUACAUGAGACAACAUGAAGGGAUGUGUGCUGCUAGCUUUUUUGGCUUUGUGUUCUGCCAAACCCUUCUCUCGCUCUUCCUACAAGACACUGAAGGACAUGAUGCUGAAGGACAUGGAAGAUGCAGAGGACAGCGACACUGACAACUCUCUCUUUCCAACAAAAGAACCAGUCAACCCUUUCUUCCCAUUUGAUCUGUUUCCAACAUGUCCAUUUGGAUGCCAAUGCUACUCAAGGGUUGUACACUGCUCUGAUCUAGGCUUGCCCUCCAUUCCAAACAACAUCCCAUUAGACACUCGAAUGAUUGACCUUCAAAACAAUAAAAUAAAAGAAAUCAAAGAAAAUGACUUUAAAGGACUUACUUCACUUUACGCUGUGAUUCUGAACAACAACAAGCUAACAAAGAUUCACCCAAAGGCCUUUCUAACUACAAAGAAGCUUCGAAGGCUAUAUUUAUCCCACAAUCAACUAAGUGAAAUACCACUUAAUCUACCCAAAUCCUUAGCAGAACUCAGAAUUCAUGAUAAUAAAGUAAAGAAAAUACAAAAGGACACGUUUAAAGGAAUGAAUGCUUUACAUGUUUUGGAAAUGAGUGCAAACCCUCUUGAAAAUAAUGGAAUCGAACCAGGGGCAUUUGAAGGGUUGACUGUGUUCCAUAUUAGAAUUGCAGAAGCAAAAUUGACUUCAGUUCCUAAAGACCUACCAUCAACAUUACUGGAACUUCAUUUAGAUGAUAAUAAAAUAUCAACUGUGGAACUUGAAGAUUUUAAGCGAUACAAAGAUCUGCAAAGGCUGGGUCUAGGAAACAACAAAAUCACAGAGAUUGAAAAUGGAAGUUUCAGCAACAUACCACGUGUAAGAGAAAUACAUUUGGAAAAAAAUAAGCUGAAGAAAGUUCCUCCCGGCUUACAGGAGUUGAAGUAUCUCCAGAUACUUUUCCUCCAUUCUAAUUCAAUUUCAAAAGUGGGAGUGAAUGACUUCUGCCCAACAGUGCCAAAACUGAAGAAAUCUUUAUACAGUGCAAUAAGUUUAUUCAACAAUCCAAUGAAGUACUGGGAAGUACAACCUGCAACAUUCCGUUGUGUUUUGAGCAGAAUGAGUGUUCAACUUGGGAACUUCAAAAAAUAA